UUCUUCUCUAAUAAAUCACUAGCAAAUUUGUAGAGGACCCGGAAAUUUUCUGGGUCGGAUCAUUAUGUUUUUUUCGAAUAUUUAGUAAAAGAAUACAAUCCACAGUCUGAGUCUGGAGUCUGGUCUCACUGCAGUUCUUUGCAGGGAAUACGUCACAGUUUUGUGGCGUGAAUGCGUGACCCAUUCUUCGCAUUUCUCUUUCUGCCUCACUUCACUCCUUCACAGUUUCGAUGUUGGAGGUAUGAUUGAGUAGAUGUAGCAGAUGUUAAAAGUUAAAACACUAUGACUGUGAGAUGGCCAAGACUUUUGACACCGACGCACCUUUCUCAAAUUAUUCGAAACCAGAAAAACCCAUUAACGGCACUUCAAAUCUUCAAGGAAGCCAAAUACAAGUACCCCAGUUACUGUCAUAAUGGUCCAGUCUAUGCCACCAUCAUUGGCAUCCUUGGAAAUGAUGGUCAGAUUUGUGAGAUGAAAGAGGUGAUUGAUUGGAUGAAAGAGGACUCAUGUGAAUGCAAGGAUUCUGUCUUUGUUAAUGCAAUCAAAACCUAUGCAAGAGCUGGAUUGCUAGAUGAAGCAAUCUCUCUUUUUAAAAGAAUUCCUCAGUUCAACUGCGUGAAUAAGACAGAAUCUUUCAAUACCCUGUUGCAGAUAUUGGUCAAUGAAUCUAAGCUUGAAGCUGCUCAUCGUUUGUUCUUAGAGAGCUCUUAUGGGUGGGAAGUGAAGUCUCGAAUUAGAUCUUUGAACUUGCUCAUGGAUGCUCUGUGCCAGAGGGGUCGUUCUGAUCUUGCAUUGCAAAUCUUCUUAGAGAUGAAUUAUCAAGGUUGCUAUCCAAAUAAGGAAAGCUAUCAGAUUCUAAUGAAAGGGUUGUGUAAAGAUGGGAGGAUGAAUGAGGCCACACAUUUGUUGUAUUCAAUGUUUUGGAGGAUCUCUCAGAAGGGUAGUGGUGAGGAUAUUGUAGUCUAUAGAACCUUGUUAUAUGCAUUAUGUGAUAAUCAGCAAGUUGAAAAGGCUAUGGAAAUUCUUGGUAAGAUUUUAAGGAAGGGGCUGAAGGCUCCUAAGCGCUGUUUCCAGCAUCUUGAUCUCAGUCAGUGUAGUAGUGGUGAAGAUAUAGAAGGCACCAAGCGCUUGAUUAAUGAGGCUUUGAUCAGAGGUGGGAUUCCCAGUUUGGCUAGUUAUAGUGCUAUGGCUAUUGAUCUUUACAAUGAGGGUAAGAUUAGUGAAGCUAACAAAGUUAUCAUUCAAAUGAAAGAAAGAGGAUUUAGGCCAACAAACUUAAUUUUUGAAGCCAAGAUUGCAGCAUUGUGUAUGGGAGGGAAUGUUGAUGCUGCAGUGAAGGUAAUUGAAGAGGAAAUGGAGGGAAAUUGUGUACCAAAUGUUAUGGCAUAUAAUAUUGUGCUGAAAGGAUUGUGUAAUGAGAGGAAAUCAGUGCUUGCUGUUGGGUAUUUGAAGAAUAUGGCUAAGAAAUUGGGUUGCAAUGCAGACAAGGAAACUUACAGCAUUGUAAUUGAUGGGUUAUAUCGUGAAAGUAGAUAUCUUGAAGCAAGUCAAGUGUUGCAGGAGAUGUUAAUAAAAUCAUAUUGGCCUUGUGUUGAUACUUAUAAUAUACUUAUCAGGGGUCUUUGCUCUGUGGGCAGGCAAUACGAAGCUGUUUUGUGGUUAGAGGAGAUGAUUAGCCAGGGUAUGAAGCCAGAACUUUCUGUAUGGAACUCGUUGGUAGCUUCUGUAUGUUCCAACAUGGUUGACAUUGAGGUGUGCUCUCAGACAUUUAAGUAGAUUAUUAGAUUCUGGUUGUUCAUGUUGGAGAAGUCAUAAUGGUGUAACCAUUUUUAUAGUCAUAUUUUUCUUUCUCAAUUGCGUAGUAUCUGAACAUAAUGAGGAGGAUUUUUCAGUUGAGAGAUACACAAUCUGAAAAAUUCAUUUUUCAUGAAUAAAAUA